AUGGCGGAAAACGAUUUGUCAAGCGCAUUUCGACUCGCUGAUCCAACAGAUAAGGAGCAAUUCUUUUCUCGUCUUAGAAAGUUGGAUGUCAACAACGAAAUUGAACUAGCGGCCUUUCUGAACGAUUACAAGUACCGAAAACUGGUUGUGUCUGGUUUUAACCGCGAUCUUGUCAUAGUUGGCCGAAAUGAAUCGACUGUCUUCGAUGAUUUUACAUUGCAAGUGUGGAAGAAGUAUUACAUAGAGGAGGAUGUUGUUCAGAUCGGUGUUUUACAGAGCAGCCUAUCUUUCCCGGUAGAGGUCAGUGGCUUUUGUGUAAAGUUUCUUUGAUUUUGUACUGUGUAUGCAUGCAGCAAAUCAUACCAUGUUUUUUUGCUUCUAAAUCGCAGAAAUUACAUUUCAGUCCGAAAAGGUUCUUAUAAAUUUAUUUCGCUUUAUUAUCUAUGUUCUUUUAUUAAAGUUGGUCAUCAAUCAUUCUUAGUACAGUGUUGAUGGCUUAUCAUGGGUGGUAAGACUAGAUGAUGUGUUUACGUACAUGGAAGCUUUGCUGAAUAUUAGGUUACAAAAUUUAUAUGGUGCUAGUCAAUAGACGUAUAUUGAAGCUUAAUUUUUGUUUUUAGUGGUCUUGUUUAUAUUCUUUGAGAUUUCUUGAAUUUUAAAUGCCAUUGUCUCCCCCACUUAAAAUUCCAAAGCUGCAACUGAUAGAAAGAAUUUUUUCCUCAUUCAGACAAUAGCAAUAAUUUUUUGCAUCUCCUACGUGUAACUAAAAAUGUUGGUAACCGUUAUUUUAAAGCGUCAGUAACGACUACCCAAACCAAAUUGAACGUUUUAUUAAUCAAACUCAAUCAAACUUAGUCUAAUGAUCAGGUUUGAAUAAGUUCGGUAAUUGAACACAAUUGAACUGUCACAGAAAAAAAGUUUCAGUAGCUGAACCCAAUGGAACUUUGAUUGAGUUCGAUUAGGUCCAAAAAUUCAGACCGGUCCGACCGGGAAAAGAGGACCACCUCAAAAGGUGGACCUGUUUUUUCGAAACUUUUCCAGUUGGACCGAACCGAUCCAUUGAGUUUUGGACCGAAAUUUGCGGAAAUUUUGGUUGAAUGGAUCGCGCCCUAUAUGACUAAGUACAUUCUGGAAGUGGUUGUAGCAGAUCAGUGUAGUGUAUUUUUUGGAGCGAAAAGAUAUAUAUACCUGGAAGAACUAAGAGUAAUUUGCCAUACAACUUUAUCCUUUAAUCCAUUGAAUCAAUUUCCUCAAUCACAGUGUGAAUAUUAUGCUUCGAUAAAGAGUUUUUAACUUUACAGCAUCUGUUUUAAGUUAACCGUUACUGUCACUCACACCAGCGCAUUCAGAAUUCCUCCAUGUUUGUACGCUCAAUCUAUUGUUCAUUUCAUCUGACUCUUUUUUGGUUCUUUGUUGAUUUCCAGGUGAUUUCUUUGUUUCUUUCCUGAUUCUUUGCACCCAAAAUGACUUUUAAAAAUCCUUGUCUACUUUGAGUGUUGGUUUAGAACGUUCGAUUACAAGUUCGAUUGAGUUUGGAAAAUGAAAUUAAUUGAUUUUUCAGGCAAAUUUUUUGGUUUGAUAAAGUUCGAUUACCAAACAGUUCGAGUGGUCACCAUGGGCAAUAUAGUGAGUACACAAAAAAUCUCUAAAAAAAUAAUCAUUAACUUUCAAAGUCUUUUAAAUCAGUAUUUUUGUGUUAUUUCUGUAACCUCUUAGUACUGGGGUACUUAAAGAUAAUUUGCAUAAAAUUACUGGUAACCUGGAAAAGAAUAUCUUCACAUGUGAAAAAAACAUGUGUUAUCUUUACCUUCACAUGUGAAGAUAACAUGGGUAUUAUUAUUAUGUAUUAUUUAUAUUAAUGUGCCUUUCGCAGGCAAAAAAACAUUUCACUUGUUCACUGCAUUCACUUGUAAAAUAUUUUUCCAUACUCAUAGAGAAAUUUUGUUUCUCAGACUCUGCGUGACCAUGUAAUUUCCUCUAUCUAUUUGACUGAUGUAACUGAAAUAUAUUUUUAGGGUGUCUUUGUUGGCAAGUCCUCCGGACGUGUUUAUGUUUGUCAAGAGUGCGAUGACUACCAGGAACAGUCUAUUGUAUGCAUUGCAUACAGUUUGGAGCACUUCCUGGUCCGUGGUCCCCAGAAGCUGCUGGAGUAUAAUAAACCGCAGUGCCUCUUUGAGAACUGUUAUGGGUGCUUUGAUCCAUUCAUUAAGGAUAGGGUCCUUAGCUCUAUAGGGUGGUAG